GCAAACGUCUGCAACUUUACUAGUUCACAUAUUUCCCACAGCUCCUGAAUGCAGCAGCAGGCUGACUGGCUCUAUGAAGAUGGCGGACUGUAUACGUGUUCCUCUGCUCCUGCUUUUUAUGUGCAUCUUGUCGUCUUUGCAACCAAUUCGAGGACAAAACAACGUUAUAGCCAAACUUGCUGUUAAUGCCGAUAUCCCACAGAAUCCACCCGGAGGUCCGGGGCCGGUUGUGGGGAACCCGGUAGCCGCUGAGAGGAACCUGGGCGCUGGGGCCUCGCUGCCUCGGCGGCGCUCUACCGGCUGGAAGUUGUCUGAGGAGGGGGUGUGCAGGGAGGACCUGACCCGGCUUUGCCCCAAACAUUCCUGGAACAACAACCUGGCGGUGCUGGAGUGUCUUCAGGACAAGAAAGAGGAAACUGAGAUUGCAGCCGAAUGCAACCAUCUGCUGUGGAACUACAAGCUGAACCUGACCACCGACCCGAAGUUUGAGUCUGUCGCCGUCGAGGUCUGCAAGAGCACCAUCUCUGAGAUUAAAGAAUGUGCGUCAGAGGAGCUGGGGAAAGGCUUCCUGGUGUCCUGCCUGGUGGAUCACCGUGGCAACAUCAGCGACUACCAGUGCAACCAGUACAUCACCAAGAUGACCACCAUCGUCUUCAGCGACUACCGGCUGAUCUGCGGCUUCAUGGGUAAAUGUCGCGAGGACAUCAACAUGCUGCGCUGCGGCAGCAUCAGCACCGGAGACAAGGACGUCCACUCUCAAGGCGAGGUCAUCGCCUGUCUGGAGAAAGGUUUGGUGCGGGAGGCCGAGGAACGGCCGGGGGCGCACCCCAUCAAGGACGACUGUAAGAAGUCCAUCAUGAGAGUCGCCGAGCUCUCCUCAGACGACUUCCACCUGGACCGGUACCUCUACUUCGCCUGCCGCGAGGACCGAGAGCGCUUCUGUGACACUACACUGGCCGGAGAAGGACGAGUUUACAAAUGUCUCUUCAACCACAAGUUUGAGGAGGCGAUGUCAGAGCGGUGCCGCGAGGCGUUGACCACCAGGCAGAAGCUGAUCGCUCAGGACUACAAGGUGAGCUACUCGCUGGCCAAAGCCUGCAAGUCGGACCUGAGGAAGUACCGCUGCAGUGCGGACAGCAACAUGCCCCGCGCCCGAGAAGCUCGCCUGUCCUACCUGCUGCUCUGUCUGGAGUCUGCUGUGCACAGAGGUCGUGUGGUCAGUGGCGAGUGUCAGGGUGAGAUGAUGGACUACAGGCGGAUGCUGAUGGAGGACUUCUCUCUGAGUCCGGAGAUCAUACUGCACUGUCGCAGCGAGAUCGAGGGCCACUGCUCCGGUCUGCACCGCAAAGGACGGACGCUGCACUGCCUGAUGAGGGUCGGCAGGGGAGACAUGGGCACCAUCGACCCCAACUGUCAGAGUGCGCUCCAGACUCUGAUCCAGGAAGCCGACCCCGGAGCCGACUACCGCAUCGACCGAGCGCUCAACGAGGCCUGCGAGUCCGUCAUCCAGACGGCCUGCAAACACAUCCGCAGCGGAGACCCCAUGAUUCUGUCAUGUCUGAUGGAGCAUCUGUACACGGAGAAGAUGGUGGAGGACUGUGAACACAGACUGCUGGAGCUGCAGUACUUUAUCGCCAGAGACUGGAAGUUGGAUCCCAUCUUGUAUAAGAAAUGUCAGGGCGACGCUGCCCGGCUCUGCCACACUCACGGCUGGAACGAGACCAGCGAAAUGAUGCCGCCCGGCGCCGUCUUCUCCUGCCUCUACCGCCACGCCUACCGCUCUGUGGACCAGGGCCGGAGGCUCUCCCGGGACUGUAAGGUGGAGGUGCAGCGGAUUCUCCACCAGAGGGCGCUGGACGUGAAGCUGGACCCUGAGCUCCAGAGGCGAUGCAUGACCGACCUGGGGAAGUGGUGCAGCGAGAAGACGGAGGCCGGACAGGAGCUGGAGUGUCUGCAGGAUCACCUGGAGGAUCUGGUGUCCGACUGCAGGGACGUGGUGGGGAACCUGACGGAGCUGGAGUCUGAGGAUAUUCAGAUCGAGGCGCUGCUGAUGCAAGCAUGUGAGCCUGUCAUCCAGACCUUCUGCCACGAGGUAGCUGAUAAUCAGAUCAACACCGGGGAUCUGAUGGAGUGUUUGGUUCAGAACAAACACCAGAAGGAGAUGAAUGAGAAGUGUGUGGUGGGAGUGACUCACUUCCAGCUGAUUCAGAUCAAAGAUUUCCGUUUCUCCUACAAGUUCAAGACGGCCUGCAAGGAGGACGUCCUCAAACUGUGUCCCAACAUCAAGAAAAAGGUGGACGUUGUGAUCUGCCUCAGCACCACGGUGAGGAACGACACCCUGCAGGACGUCAAGGAGCAGCGAGUGUCCAUCAAAUGUCGUAAACAGCUGCGGGUGGAGGAGGUGGAGAUGUCGGAGGACAUCCGCCUGGAGCCGGAGCUGUACGACUCCUGCAAGCAGGACAUCAACAGACUGUGUCAGAACGUGGCCUUCGGCAAUGCACAGGUGAUCGAGUGUCUGAAGGAGAACAAGCGUCAGCUGACUCAGCGCUGCCACCAGCGGAUCUUCAAGCUUCAGGAGGUGGAGAUGGUUGAUCCUGAACUGGACUACCAGCUAAUGAGAGUCUGCAAGCACAUGAUCAGGCGGUUCUGUACGGAGUCUGAGGGGAAGAACACGCUUCAGUGUCUGAAGCAGAACAAGAACAGCGAGCUGAUGGAUCCCAAGUGCAAACAGAUGAUCACCAAGAGACAGAUCACCCAGAACACAGACUACAGACUGAACCCGGUGCUGAGGAAAGCCUGUAAAGCCGACAUCCCAAAGUUCUGUCAGCCCAUCCUGAACAAGGCGACGGCCGACAGCGAGCUGGAGGGUCAGGUCAUCGCCUGCCUCAAACUCAAAUACGCCGACCAGCGUUUGUCUCCAGACUGUGAGGCUCAGAUCCAAGUCAUCCUGCAGGAGUCGGCGCUGGACUACCGGCUGGACCCUCAGCUGCAGAUCCACUGCACACAGGAGAUUUCCAGGCUGUGUCCGGAGGAAGCAGCAGCUCAGGAGCAGACGGGGCAGGUGGAGGAGUGUCUGAAGGUCAACCUGCUGAAGAUCAAACAGGAAGGAUGUAAGAAGGAGGUGUUGAACAUGCUGAAGGAGAGUAAGGCAGACAUCUUUGUCGACCCCGUCCUCCACACGGCCUGCGCUCUGGACAUCAAACAUCAAUGUGCAGCCAUCCCACCUGGCAGAGGGCGGCAGAUGUCGUGCCUGAUGGAGGCGCUGCAGGACAAACGUGUUCGUCUGCAGCCCGAGUGCAAGAAGAGACUUCAGGAUCGCAUCGACAUGUGGAGCUACGCUGCCAAGGUGGCUCCUGCUGAUGGUUUCUCAGACCUCGCCAUGCAGGUAAUGACGUCUCCCUCCAAGAACUACAUCCUGACCGUGAUCGGCGCCGGCGUGGCGCUGCUCUUCAUGAUGGGGCUGCUCUGCGGCAGAUUCACCAAACGUGUCACACAGGAGCUGAAGGACAGGUAGACCCCGCCCACUCUGGGGUCAGGACACACCCACAGGAGAAACGACCACCGUUUAAAAUACACCCUCCCCCCUCUUUAACCUGCCUCACCUCCACAACUUCUUCAUUUACAAUCCUUUUCAUCACUGGAAUGACAUUUCCCACAAUCCCGCAGAGGAAGGUGGGCUUGAUCAGUGACUCAACUGCUCUUCCUCCACAUGAGCCCGCCCACUCCCCGGCAGGCCACGCCCCCUGCUGCCUCUUCUUCUUCUUCAUUUUCUUCUUCUCUUCCUGAGAUUCGAUACAGAGCGCCAGGUCCUGUAGUUUCACCCUGCAACUCGCCUGACGUAGAUGCAGUAUUACUCCGCUUUUUUUCUUCUUCUUUUCCUCCUCCUCCUCCCUUCGCUGUGGAUUGGGGGUGAGGAGAGGGAGGGGGGUGUGUAAGGAUGUGGGGGUCAGAAGUCAAAAUAAGGGGUGAAGGAGGUGAAUGAAAUCAUAUUAAGUGUAAAUGUGUAGAAAGUGGUUAUGGGAAAUGCUCAUGUAUAGAGCAGUUUAAUGACAGUAUUUUAAUGACGUGUGUGUGUGUGAGUGAGUGAGAGAGUGAGAGUGUGUGUGAAACUGUCUUUCCACCAUAUUGUUCUAGUCUGUCCUGCUUGAGGGUAUUUGGGGGUUGUUUUGGUUCUGGAUAUAUCUUUUUUUUUUUUUUUUUUUUUUUUUUUGAUUGUGUUAGUUAGAUUUUAUCGCCAUGGGACUGCCAGGUGGGCGGUGCCAACCAUCCAGCCCCCCACAUAUGAGAAUAAGAGGGCGGAGGGGACACAUUACAAACGCUCCCUGCCGGCUCGGUCAACGUUUUCGUUCUUCUUUUUUUACAGCAGGAAUUAUUUGUGGAUAUUUUUCUUUUUUCUUUCUGAAACACCAGACCUGGCAACCUCAGCUCUCCUCUAUUGCAGUUCGAUUUUUCCCAGCUCAUCCUGUGCCGUAAACGCACCACGCACGUCCACCUUCGCUGCUCCCGGUUUAGCUGGUUGGGACGUUUGCUUGGCAUCACGCUCGCCUUCUGGAAACGCUGUCUGGUUUUUAAGUCUGGAAUCAUCCCGGUCUGAUCCAGAGACUGGGCGGAGCACACACACUGGGCUUUCUUAUUUUUCUGAAGUCAUGAACUCACCGAGCGGCUGUUGGUAUCGUGCCGGUUGGUACGGUGAAGCUGAAAGCAAUGCAGGAAAAAAAAGUAAAGAAAUGAAAAGAUUCUAGAUGAUUAUAGAGACGUGAACAUUCUUGUGUAAAGAUGAUACUGGAAUCAUUGCACAUUUUUCGUUCUCUUUUUUUUCUUUUCAUAUAUCUAUAAAUAUAUAUAUAUUGUUUUGUCAUAGCCUUAUUUAUUUGUUUACUAAUGGUCAAAGUUUUUUUUUUUGCGUUUUAUUUUAUAUGAUUUGAAUGUUCUCUGGUUGCCUUUUCUCCAGCAAGCGAGCGUCCCCACUUCCUGCAGGGGAGCGAGGAUAUGAAGGAGGAUUCAGGCAAAGGUUUGACAUGUGGCAGUGAACGCCUCUCUGGUGGGCAGUGAACGCCUCUCUGGUGGGCAGUGAACGCCUCUCUGGUGGGCAGUGAACGCCUCUCUGGUGGGCAGUGAACGCCUCUCUGGUGGGCAGUGAAUGCCUCUCUGGUGGGCAGAUGUGAGUUAGAUUUCUUGAAGACAGCAGCUGAACUCGAGCGGCUGUUACACACGGCGUCCUGAAUACUUUUGCGAUGCUUUGUUCCAGAUCAGACGGACGAGCUGGGUGACAGAAAGGUGAAGUCCCGCCCCUUCCGAUGUCCCACAAGGGAUCUUAUUUCGGGAAACCUAUGUACUGUAGUCAUCGACAAGACGCGUAUAUAUUAUUUAUCCCGUUUAAAUUGUAUCAUGAAUUACACGCAUGAUAUAAAAGAUAAUUUUUGAAGGUCAUUAAAGUCGCAGUUUUAUCGUAGUACCAUUUAGUUCAGUGGACUCUCGUCUCGCACAAUAUACGCCACCAACACUAGCUAGCUUGUUUACUUAGCCAUGUUCCACGCGCAAAUGUUCUUUUUAACAUCCGGGGAAACCGACAGAACGAGUACUCGUGUGGUAAAUCUUACUACGACACACGCGGAUCGUAGCUUCACUUACGCAACUUUUGGGUGUCUAAUUACGUACAUUCUCGUCGCUGACUCCCGUACAUAGUUCUUCCGAAAAUACGAUCCCGUGGAGGUCCACCGGUCGGAGAGGGACCUCGCGUCUCUGUCGGUGCAUCGAUAUCUUUAAUGUGAUGAUACUUUGGGGAUGACCACUGGUGCUUUCAUGCACCAUUAACACUGAUAUGAACAGAAGGUUAUUCCACGGUGUUGGACAAGUUCAGAAAACUGUUAAAUUGAACUGCAUCAGCGUCUGAAGAAGAAACUCACCAUCGUACUUUUCACCACUUAGCCUGAACAUGAAAUGUAUUAGAAGUAAAAGUAGUUUUCUUCAGUCCAGCUCUAAAUGAACCAAACCACAGGUGUGAAAACCAAAACAUGUUUGUCUCGUAUCAAGUCUUUGUAGUUUCUUUCUGCUUCGUCACAUCAGUGCCAAGUAACUGAUCCUGGAUGUGAGCAGAGGAAAGAAGCACGCACAAAACAAAGACCAGGUGAACCCAAACUGGAUGAUUUAAGCUCAAAGGUCCACUUACUCGCUUCCUGGUGGGCUUGGGCUGCAUCUCAUGGUCUUCUUCGGCGAACAGUUUGAUUUUUCUCAAUGAAAACCGAGCGUACUUGUUUCUGGAUCUGGUUUAUCUGAUGUGUAACUUCAGCCUGCAGGUUGUUGCCGGAGGAAGAAGGUGGAUUUGGUUUUCCGGUGUGAUCGUACGUUGGGGUACGGAAGCCCUGAGGGGCAAAUGAGAAACUAUUCUGGGAAAAAAGUUUUUUGCCACGAAAAAUAAUCAUUUGUGAAACUGACGGAAAAAAUAAAGUUUUGUCUUGAAGGUUUUUCUAAAUUCCUUUUUUUCAUCUGUAAAAAGAUUUUAUUUUAUUUUUUUCACAAAAACGUUUUGCUAUAUUUUGUGAAGUUUGUUCUUGUAAAACUAAUUUCAGCCACCAGAGCCUGAUGUGCAAUCCCCCCCCCCCAUGUUUCCCCUCUACCUGUUUCACAAAUGGAAAAACAUUUUCCAUCCAUUUGUCAUAAACACCGGAGAGAAAAUGAAACGUAGAAACGUUUCGUCGAGCUUUUUGGUCUCGGUGUGAAGACGGAAACGAAACGUUUUUUAAAAGUUGACCGAGAGUCUCUUCCAGCUCGAGCCGAUCAUGUGUUCAUGUGUUCAUGUGUACAUGUGUUCAUGUGUUCAUGUGUACAUGUACACAUGUGUUCAUGUGUACAUGUACACAUGAACACAUGUGUACAUGUGUUCAUGUGUUCAUGUGUACAUGUGUACAUAUGUUCAUGUGUUCAUGUGUACAUGUGUACAUGUGUUCAUGUGUUCAUGUGUACAUGUGUACAUGUGUACUAUACUGAGUACUGUAAACUACGUACCGUGCAGUGAGCCUGUACUGUGUAUCUGUCGAAGCUUGGUGUGGUGAGCGCUGCCCUCCCUGCUUGUAAAUGAGACGUCCUGAUUCGUUGAACUGCCUUCACUCUUUAUUUUUGUUUGUUUUCUCCAUCGGACGUUGGUUUUUUAUCGAAGCGUGCCUACUCGCCGUCCCACCGAGGGAUCCCUGUACAGAACAUCCCAGAACCCCCUGCAGCACCCGACAGAGGAGCGCUUGGGCAUGUGUGUGUGUGUGUGUUGGUUCCUCUCUGUUCUCGUCCCGAGCGAUGACAUUUUUUUAUUUUACGUUUGUGAUGAAGAUCUUUUUGUAAACAAUGUUUUGUGUCUGAAUCCAUGGAGAGCCCCCCCCCCCCCCAUGUCCAUUUUCUUUUGGGUUUCUUUUUGUUGUUCUGUACAGAUGAAAAUUGGACAGUUUGUUAAUAAUAAUAAAGUCUGCAAGGUUUCUA